AUGAAUCUACUCGCCCUUGUUAUCCUGUUAUGCGCCGCAACAGCGUCUACACUAGUCACAGGCUCUCCAGUUGACGCAAGUCCACGUAUGUGUAUGAUCUAUUGUCAAUACGGUUUUCAACGUGACUCCAAUGGGCAUUCAAUGUGUGUAUGCAAGAAAAGUCCAUGCGACAAGGAAGAAGUUCCACUCGAAGGCUACUUUUGUGGACGUAGUCCCAAUCGUCGUGAAUGCCCAUCAACACAUCAAUGUACUAUUGCACCGAAUGAUGCGUAUGCUGUAUGUUGUCCUCGUGUUGCACAACCACUCGAAUCUAAUCAAAACAAAUCGGGCCUUUGUCCACCGUCAACAGGCAUGAAUCGUAUUUGUUUUGCUCUAUGUGGUGAUGAUAAUGAGUGUGACGGUGAACUGAAAUGUUGUGGUGGAUGCCGUCGUCAGUGCGCAAAGCCUAUCUUUGUAGAAUGA